ACCUCCGACGGCGGCCGGGCCGCAGUUCCACCUUUGCGCUCGAGUCAUUUUGGUUGGUUCGACUGGGACGUGCAGUGCGCGCUGCACUUUAUGGCACCGUUCUAGCCAAUUCGCAAAAGGUGCACACUCGAAUUCGGCUUUAUUUUCGGCAGCACUGCUCUCGCAAAUUCGGAUUACAAUAAUUUAAGAUGGGCUACAAUCCACUUUUGUCAACGUCGGGUCCAGUCGUCGCAACGUUGGACAGAUGGAUAUGGAACGGUCUUGCGAUACCUCCCGAUUACCGAACAAAAGACUGGUUUCUGAUGGAGUCGCCCGGCUACAUCUCAAUCCUGGUGCUGUUCAUGUAUCUGCCCUUCUGCACAAGGGUCGGCCCCUGGUUGAUGAGGGACCGCAAGCCGUUUGAUCUUCGCAACACCAUCAUCUUCUACAACUUCACCCAAGUCAUUUUCAGCGCAUUCAUUUUCUACGAGGGUCUGCAGGGUGGAUGGGCCAACGGCUACGACUGGACUUGCCAGCCGAUGGAUCCGUCCACGAGCCCAACUGCCAUGAGGAUGGCGCGAGCAGUUUGGCUGUACUUCAUCUGCAAGCUGGUCGAUUUGUUGGACACGGUUUUCUUCGUUUUGCGCAAGAAGAACAAUCAGGUGUCGUUCCUGCAUCUGUACCACCACGUCAGCAUGGUCGGCAUCUCGUGGGGAGGCACCAGAUACAUGCCAGGUGGCCACGGCACCAUGUUGGGACUGCUUAACUCGUUCGUCCACGUCGUCAUGUACACCUACUACAUGCUGUCUGCCUUUGGGCCUCACAUGCAGAAAUACCUGUGGUGGAAGAGAUACCUCACCAGGAUGCAAAUGAUCCAGUUCUUGAUGGUGUUGGUGCACACACUGCUGAUUUUGCAGCCGAGUUGCACCUACCCCAAGGUGGCCUUCAUCUUCCUGGCACCGAACACGCUCAUUUUCUUCUACCUGUUCAACGACUUCUACCGGCAGGCGUACAGGAAGCCGGCUCAGACCAACGGAAAGGUGUCCAACGGCGUGCACACGAACGGCACCAACGGGGUGCACAAGAACGGAACCAAUGGGGUGCACCAAAACGGAAAUUCGUACAUGAUUUCUGCGUGCUACUCGCCCAAUUCCAAGCUCGACUAAAAUCACACACACGAAAAUACACAUUUUAUUACAUACAAACACCAAAAACUUUAAACACACAGUAUGUUUCAUCCUACGAUUUUUAUAGUUUCCUACACUACCAAAUAAUCCGUUUUGAAAGCGGAUUAUAGUUGUUGCGUCUCCCCUGCUGCUCGUCAAAAACAGGCUCACUGGACCAAAAAUUGCCCGCGUUUUCGCGCUAGCAAGAAGUGUUCCUAGCAAAUUACAAACGUCGAAACCCUUUGCCCCUGCGUCUUACUUGUCAAUAAUAAAUGUAACUCGUAUUGAACAUCAUAUUGCUCAACAAUCACUGAUAUUUUGCGUUCUUGCCAUUCUGAAAAUUAGUAUUAAAAUGAAUCGCCUUGAAUAUUUUCUUAAUUAUGCCAUCUCGUCAGGGUCCAUUUGUAAAUAAAAUGUUUUCUGUGAAACUUCCCGAUUACCAACAUAUAACACGCUAGUUACCUAGAAAGUAAGCCAGACCGUGUUGUAUCAGAACGCUGAUGUAAAUUUAAAUAUUUUAUGAAGUGCUCUUGAUCAACUAUGUCCUGAGACAUAUUAUGUUUGUACUAUAUUGAUAUUUACGCAUAAUACUUUAUCUUGUUUUCAUCCAUGCGCAAAUAAACUUAUAGACGUUAGCAAUAA